GUCCGUUUGAGAGUAGCGAUCCAUUCCAUCGUCGGCGAAUCCGAGAAAGAACAGACCAGAAAACUCGUUAGAGAGGAAGCGAGAUGCCGGUAAUGGAGAAGCUCAGGAUGUUUGUGGCGCAAGAGCCUGUGGUCGCUGCUUCUUGUCUAAUCGGUGGUUUUGGUCUAUUCCUCCCAGCUAUUGUAAGGCCGAUGUUGGAUAAAUUUGAAACAAGCAAGCCAGUCAAUCAACCUGCUUUAAGUGCUGUGGUUGCAGGUGUUACGGGCAAAAAAUAGGUGUGAUAUCUUUCAGUCAUGCAAGCAAAAGAGUUGCAAGCCCCGCGGCCACCAGUCUUUUUAUAACCUUUUCUUUUCAUUUACCCAUUUCACUUCUAUUGUUGCACCAUUUGAAUAAAAGCUGGACUUUUUAGACUGUGAAACCUUCAGAAGCAUCUCACCUUGAACAUCAAAACUUUUUUUGCAAGUUCUCAAUCUGCAAGUUAAUUGCACAUUAUCUGUAACUAGGUUUCUUUUAAUCCUAGCUGAUUCGUGUUAAGUUCGAAUA